CAAGUCAGACAAGAUAAAAAAAAAAAAGCCGCCCAUGUGUUUGCUAAAAGACUAAGGGAUAUUUACCCUAGUCUUGUUAUUCGCUCUGACGGCCGCCGUGAAUUAGCUGAGAUAACAUCAAACGCGAAAUAAAAGAUGGAAUGAUACAGAGCAUUGAAAAGAACGCGACACUGCAAAACACUUUUGCACGAUAAAAAUGUUUCUUUGAACAAACCAAAUUAAGUUUAAACCUUUCUAAUUCCUGUGUUAGGUAUACUUGAGAGGCCUUGAAAUGUUUUUUCGUCCUUGUCUUUGAAUCCUAGUUCUUCUCGUGACAUAAUGAGCCUGAAAUUUGAAGCGCGGAACCUAACGUUUUCAAUCACCUCAUGUUGCACACAUUUCCAAAGAUCCACCGCCCAAGUGCUAUGGAGGGUUGCUGAGAGAAUAUCAUGUUUGAGUAAACAUAAAAGCAUCAUAUUUUAUAGGGUUAAACAGCACAGCUUACGAGAAGACACUAAAAACACUCGAAACAUAUCCAAACUUUGCCUGUGGAAGGCUGAAAUUUAAGUGACUUUUUUUUUGUCACCAGUUGUGAAAGCUAGGCUCAAUGAAAACUUUCGUAUCUCACAGUUUUUAUUUUCACUUUUCUUGCAAGAAUUGCGAUCGAUCCUGUUAUAAUUUAGCUAGGCAAAUAACAUGUAUUAUAAACAUGUUACAUGUAAAUAACAAAGCUUGGAGAAGUGAGCCGAUGGACUUCAACUCAAAACAUUUCGUAAGAGAAGGAAUAAAGAGCCCUGUUUUACGAUUGACUGUGUUGUGCGUUUAAAACUAAGAAGCAUUGAAAACAGGCCUGCCUUUGAAGUCAUGCAAGUUAGAAGAUUACAAGGGAUAAAUAGUGCUUAAUCCAUUUAAGUCCAGUAACAUUGGGAGAAAAAGCCCAGUGAAUUUCCCGAGGAAUGGCUUUUCACAAAGACCAUUUAACUCAGCAAAUUUCGCGAACAUGGCUGAUGUGGCUAAAAACGGGGGCGAAACACCUUCGGAGUAAUCAACGCUAAUUGACAUUGAUAAAUUAAUUCCCAGAUUUGAAAUUAAGUUGAUCUCGACUGUUCUGAAUAGAUACUUGAAACAAUUUACAGCAUCCAAAAAUCGGUUCAUCUGCUUAUUCUGCGCACGUGCCAAAGACAAUGAACACGCGGCAAACUAAAAACGCUUGGCAAGCUCCAGCAAUUAAGCUGACUAGAUAAGAUAAGCUAAUUAGGUUCCUAAAAUUAAGAGCUGAGACACUGCUGCGAAUAUUAAUUUUUAAAAUGCUCGUAUCGAUCGAACGCUGUCGCGCAUUUUCAGGGAAUUAAGGAGAAGUACAUUAUUUGGCGAAGGGUUCUGUAGCUAGUGUCUGCAAUGUACUGUUUUCGUGGCGCAUGGCGUCGACAGAACAUACUGUAUAUGCGUACAUCGUCGUACUUUAUUAAACAAGUUCUCUUCUUGCAAAAGAAACUGCGGCGUGGUCGUCUUUCAAGUGUUUACACGCGCCAUUGUACACCCAGAUCUAAUCGCUCUAUUAGCUUACACGUACAGAAAUUGAUCUGUGUAAAUAUUUACCCUCAAAAGUGUUUUGAUUCUGUCGGCUCAUUGAAAACAUGUAGUUCGGCUCGACCAAAAACAAUUCGGGUGAUUCUCUCUUUAUAUCUGAAAGGUGUUGUUGGUCGGCUUUGUUUGAUCGCCAGAGACAGCGCUUCAACUUUGAAUCACACAAGCGAGGAAUUUCAUACCUCGUUGCGAAAUUCGCAAAAGAAGGGUUGAUAGUUUUAUUUAAAUGUUAUCUGUUAAUUUAGGCGCACUUCGCGGUGAUUUGCCGUAAAUAAUCUAUCAUAAUGAGAUUAAUUUUGCUUGUUAUAACAUGCACACAUCAGCUGCCCUAAAAUGCUUUUGUUUGCGUUUUCCAAAUUGAAAUCUCUGCCAAAACAUUAAGGGCCUCAUGGAUAAUUCACUUCUGACGUAAUCGAAUUCAGUCUAAAAUUUCUUCCGCGGCUUUUCUGUACCAAUCACAGAAUUCCGUAGCUCUUAAAGUGAUGUUAACCUUGCAGGUAAUAAAAAACGUAUUUGCACGCUCGCGCCCAACAGUGCCUCAUUAAAAUUGCAUUGCUUUCCCGCAAUUACGAAAAUAUCGAGUUCUGUUUCUUUUGAUAAGGUAUCAUCUAAAGUAAGUCGGACACGCGACCAUGAGAAAAGCAGGCUUUGUUCGAAUGUGCAAAUCUGACUGAAAUGUUUAAUUAGCUAUUGGGAAUUCAAUGGGGUUCCUAAAAUUCACCUGCCAAUCAACGUUAAAGACCAUCUUGUUUAGAACGCAUGCCACGCGACUUUGCCACGCGCCGCAUUCAACGUUUAUCAGCGACCUCUUAACCUUGCCAGGUGGUUGUGGCUCUUCUAAAUAAUUGUACAAACUUGUUUUUUUUUAUUCCUUCCAAAUACGUACUUCCAUAACAGAUUUUAAUUGGAUGAAAUGAACUCACUGUGUGCCAGAUUCGCUUUUCAUUUCCAAUUGCGAAGGCGCCGUUUUAUUAAAUCUCUUGCUAAAGAGGGGCUAAGCUUUCUUCCAAUUAGCCCCGUUCACUCCUCUAAACUCGAACAAUAAACAGCGGUUGAUAUUUUUCUGUAGAACGUCUUUGUUCAAGACCAAAAUGUUUUCUUUAAGGGCUUUUUUCAUUAUUUUUUACCUGAGUCGCCUUGCCUCUAGCUUGCACGUGGGCAAGUCUUUUAGGACAAACAAAAAUCACCCGACAAUACUGCAAUUUAACUCUAAACUCCCGGCUUUGUUUUGCGGCGAUUUGUUUGAAUGCAAUUUAAAUUAGACAAAGACUUUGCAACAGUGUGGAAAUCGUGCCAAGGAAAACCAAGUCCCUAAACCUCGACCAGAAACGUGUUAUGUAAUUGUUUAGUUGUUAUAAAGUGAUUCCGGAUAAAUUGAGAUAAGAAACGCUUUCAGAGAUUAAACCCCUACCGAAUGAAAAUAAAGGCAAAUUUCAAAGCCAUUUAACGUGAUAGCAGCCUACAGAGAGAGUGCUUGGUGGUGAAAUAAGCAUUUUUAAUUUUAAACGCGUGCUACGCUCUAUAAAGCACAGUUGGCGACGAGCUCAUCCCAGCAAUUCCGGCGCCAUGUUUAACAUUCAGAGAAGGCGAUACACGCGCGGACGAGUGAAUUUAGAAUGGCUUUUUGAGAGAAGUCCGUUUUCACCCUUUAUGUGGUGAAUUUAAACGGUUUGUGAGUUAAACGGACGUAAAAGAACGCUUUCUUCUUCUUCACUGCUAUAUUUGAUGUGUGAUGAAGUACUAUUGAAAUCCUUAAGGAAGCGUGGUAUUUAUUUUCAGUGCAUUGUUUUUUUGGACAAUUUCAUUUACAUAACAAAGCCGAAAAAAUCUUGACACACUGGGCCACGUUUCUCUUUUUCGUCCACGCGGAUUUAUGUGACAACUUGUCAGAAAUAUAAUGACCAGGAUAACCUAUUUACCUCAACAAGUUUCACAAGAGCCUGCUCGCACAAAUAGAACAAAACAAAAUCUUUAGCGAGACCAGCUAAUGCAAUUAAAACCGUGAAAACGAUUAAAAUCAUAUUUAACAACAUUCGAUGGGUUUCCCACGCUACAGAAUUCGCUAUUGGCUCGUCGCAACGCAUCUCGACUCUUCCGUAAGAUUCAAAGGUUCGUGCAUGGUUAAUGAAUUACGAAAAAAUUGUUCUUGCCCGCGCGAGACGAUGACACCUGGUAUACCGAAAGAAAGCAAUUGAACCCUUGUGUAUUACAAUACUGUAUUAUGGAGCAGCAAAUGAUAACUCCUUUCCAAUAGAAACGCGUCGUAGAUUUCUUGUUCUGUUGUGAUACAGAUAAUACUCAAUUAGUAUUUUAUUUUUCGGCCUUUCAAGCUACGAUAAAAUAUUUAUGCCGGGUUGUUCUGGAUAUUGCAAUUACAAAACUAUUUUCAGACAUCUCGGCGACUUGAAAACAUUAGCGUAGAUUGCGUUGAACAUUUUUUGUUUCAAAGCGAACUGAUUUUCCAGCCAUGGCAUACUGUUCAGUUAAUAUGCUUAGAUGAAAGCAGAGAUACACACAAGGUUGCUUACAGUUUAGAAUCUAUGUAUCUCUUUUUCGCUUAGUUGCUUAGCGAUGUUGUAUAAACUUGGUUCCGUCGGUAUGUUAAUGUGCUCUAAACAAACAUCUGCUUUCAGAAGACGGGAAUAAAAUUCACGAUUCGUCCCUUCAGAUGAGUCAGCCCUGUUUCCUCCUGUUUGCACAUUGUCCCCUGGUUUUUCUUUAGAAAUCCGUUCCCGGGAAUUGACGGCAGUUGUUCGGUCCUAAAACAAUCGGGCGAAAAAAGAAUGUUUCAACGUAAACAAGAAAUCUUCAUAAGAAUAUAGAAUCCAAAAGGUGUUGUACCAUUAAAGAAGAUUAAACAUUCUUUCUGUAAAACUCGAUAAAAUAUUCAUACAGCUGUUUUUUGGUAGACGUUUUUAUGCUUCACUGCAGUCCCCUGAGGCUGCAGGCUUUUUUUAGUUUAUUUGUAAAUAAUACCAAACGCAGUUCUUUCCAGUUGUACGAAUGUUUGAUAUGGACCGGAAGUGAACUUCGCGCGUUUGAGUAAACUGGUCGUUCUGUUUCAGAAGCGAAGUACGUUAUUUCCGCACUUUAGAAAGUACAACUACAGAACGUGAAAAUUAGAGUUCGCAAUUAGGUGAUAAUGAGCUUGCAGGGGCGGGGAAAGUUUUCUUCAAUUGUUCAAAGACGUUAUUAAGGGUGCCCUCGGGCCUGCUUUUGAUUGGCUGCGCCGAGACCUCCCUUGAGAGAAGAUCUCUUGUCUGUCCAAUGGCAAAACGCCUGCACGGCCGCGGUUGGACAGCUUGCCUUGUGUUUUUGUUUGUAGUUGCCUCUUUUCAGCUGACAUAAUGCACAUAAAAGAAAAAAGAGCACACGAGCGCUUUAAAAACUGCGGCACGCGCCCAGCAAAUUAGCCAUAGUUGAUACAGUGACACUCGAUAAAGGCCUCGUGUAGUUGAUUAAGAUUCGCGUGCGCCUUGCUACAGAAAGUCUUCCAAAUCGUCCAAACCUUCUUCGCUGCCGUGGUUAGAGGAAUCUUUCUUGGAGUUCGUUUAGAAGCUUCCACAGCCCUGACAGCGCGAUUAACUGAAUCUAAUAUAACUGUAUUCAAGGUCAACCGAACAUGCCUCGAUCAUUUCUUGUCAAGCUGAAAAAGAGUAGUCCGACCUGUUUCUUUUGGGAAGAAGCAGGUUCUGACAUACCCACGGCUCCGCCUAAUGUAUGGGAACCAAUCCGAGUUGAGAUCGAACCGGCUCAGAUAUUCCAGCCCAUCAAGUUGGAUCUCGCCACGCUCGACCCAGAAAUUUUAACUGGAAAAGGACAGCUGAGGCCGAAGGCACGCUUUUUCAGUCCGUUUACGUUUAAUUCACUUCAGUUAAAUCCUGACCACCGUGAUAUUGGAGUUGGCAAACCACUGUAUGCUAAAGAAGUACCGUGCCCUUACGACUCUAGAAACGCCAGCCCUCUAAGCCUUGACGGUGCUCUUGUGCCUUCACCGACUCGCAGCGAUGAUGGGUACCCGAGCGCGGGAAUUUUUAUUCCCGGAAGUGGCUUUCUGGGGCUGGAAAACACCAAACCUUCUUCACUGCCCGUGGUGAGUUCUGAACCCGGUUCUGUUGGCCGAAAGCGACGCAACGGAGCGCCCAAAACAUUUACCUGUGAAGUCUGCGGUAAAGUGUUCAAUGCGCAUUACAAUCUGACCCGACACAUGCCUGUGCAUACCGGAGCCCGUCCCUUCAAGUGUAAAAUCUGUGGCAAGGGCUUCAGACAAGCGAGCACGCUAUGCCGGCACAAAAUUAUCCACACGAAAGAAAAGCCUCACAAAUGCAACAUUUGUGGAAAAGCGUUCAACAGGUCUUCCACCUUGAACACUCACAUCCGAAUUCACGCCGGUUACAAGCCGUUUGUCUGCGAUAUUUGUGGCAAGGGAUUCCAUCAGAAAGGCAACUACAAAAAUCACAGACUCACACACACCGGCGAGAAACCAUUCAAGUGUCACAUCUGCGGCAAGGCCUUCCAUCAAGUGUACAAUCUGACAUUUCACAUGCACACGCACAAUGAUAAGAAGCCAUUUACAUGCAAGGAAUGCGGCAAAGGAUUCUGCCGGAAUUUUGACCUUAAAAAGCAUAUCCGUAAACUACACGAAAACAAAGAACAACGUGACAGAAUGGAACAAUGAACCACGCGUCGUUAACUGUCCUUCACGUCGAGAAAAAAAAGAGCGAGCACUUAAGCUCGUAGCGUAAUUUAUUGGCUUAUAUUGUGUACAAAACCUUAAGAUUUGUUCUACAACGACUGUAGCAUCGGAACUGUAUUUAAUGAGAGAUUAGAAUGCAAGACAGUUAAGGCUUAUGUGAAUAUAAUAUAAACGUUGUUUUAGUAUAACGGAAAGCGCACGUGGAUGAACAAUGGAAGUUGUAAACUAUGAGUAAUAAUAUGUACAUUAGAGAACAAAAGCGAACGGCUUGGCUGUGAAUAUAUAAAUAUGGUCAAAUAUCAGUUUAUACAAGAUUGUACCUCCGUUAAAUACUUCAACCCUAUUCUGUGUAAAUAGCAAAAUAGAAGCAAUGAGAAAAUAAUCAGUAAAACAUUCAGAUUUAUCACACAUAAUUGAGUUCAGUGUCUUUUAAGAUGCAUAUGCUGUUUUCCUUAAUGUGAGAAGUUAGACAAUUUUCUUGCGUGAAUUGCUAAUUUAAAAGAGCGCGCACUUCACAGUUUGAUGGAAAGUGAAUUUCAAUUUAAAAAAAAUCAAUGUAGCAAACUUGAUUGAUUUCUUGUGCGAAAACCUCACUUAAGGUUAAACGUCUCUGUUUAAAAUAGGAUUUAAAACAUAUUUAUCGCUCCAUACGAUUCAAAACAGUUAUUUAAUAAGUCCAAUACAUGUAUUUUUAAAAGUUUCCAAACGCGACCAAAAAGUUAUCAGUUUAGUUAGACGAGAUUACCAAUAUUGAAAGCCAGGGGUAGUAACACUUCGUUUUUUUCUAAAGCUUUCGACCCCCCAUGUUGAAAACUUAAUUACGUUGAGUUACUUGACGAGAUUCCUAAGUUAUACGGCUGAAUCUGAAUGGUUUUGAAUCAGCCUGUAAAGCCUUUGCGAUAAAAUUUGUCUGGUCUUAAUCACAAGAAAAGUUAUAAGAACUGCUCAAAAUGUUGUCACAAUUAAAUUAUCCCGCAAAAUUUUCGUAAAAGAAACCAAUUAAAGUUUGAUUUACUGCUCGAAAAAUGUUUGCAGAAACCGAUACAUCUCAACGCACUGCUUAUUUUGCCUUUUCAUUCCAAACUUUAUCAUUAAAAUGUAUUUAAACCCCCGUAUUUGCGUUCUGUUGACUAAUUAUAUUAACUAAAAUAUAUUCCGUUAUGGAGACACUUUGUAUUUUGCGCCGGCAGUGGAAAUAAAUUGGGAAAUUCAUUUUUAUUUAUAUUUCGUUGGUUUCUACUUUGACACCUGCCUCAAACUUGUUGUGACUGUAAUUGAGGUUGCACAGUUUCGUGGGAUAAGGGGAAGGGCGAAAGAGUGGUAAUGACGGAGGAGGUGGGAUUAGGGG